AUGAUAGUGGAAAUAUGCCUUGAAGUGGGGUCAGGGUCUGGUGUGGUGUCCGCGUUUCUAGCUUCUAUGAUAGGUCCUCGGGCUCUGUACAUGUGCACUGAUGUCAACCCACAGGCUGCAGCUUGUACCCUGGAGACAGCACACUGUAACCAGGUCCACGUCCAACCAGUCAUUACAGAUCUGGUCAAAGGCUUGCUACCAAGAUUGAAGGAAAAAGUUGAUCUUCUGGUAUUUAAUCCUCCCUAUGUAGUGACUCCAUCUGAAGAGGUAGGAAGUUACGGAAUAGAAGCAGCUUGGGCUGGUGGCAGAAAUGGUCGAGAAGUCAUGGACAGAUUCUUUCCACUAGCCUCAGAUCUACUUUCUCCAAGAGGAUUAUUCUAUUUAGUUACCAUAAAAGAAAACAACCCAGAAGAAAUUUUGAAAACACUGAAGGCAAAAGGUCUACAUGGGACCACUGCACUUUGCAGACAAGCAGGUCAAGAAGUCCUGUCAGUCCUCAAGUUCACCAAGUGCUGAUACACCAAGAGAUAGUGCCAAGUGUGCCAAUAACUCUGGAAACUGAAUGCAUUCGGUGUAUUUUGAAACUGAAGUCAUUUCUCUGAAGAAAUUUCAUCAGAAAUGUAUUGUCAAGAAAGAAGUAGGAAGUUGGUGCAUCCCUCUCAUCAGAAAAUCAGGCCUACAGAAAUGUUUGUACACAUGCAAGUAAAGACGUGCGGUAUAUUCAUAAUUUUAAUUUUAUAUAUGAAGUUACAUAUGAAAAGAUACUCUGGGGCGGGGGAAAUGGCUCAGUAGAGUAAGUGCUUCCCUGGCAAGCACAAGGGCCUGAGUUCAAUCCCCCGUUCCAUCAAAAAAAAAAUAAUAAUAAUAAACAAGAGCAGUAGUUCUAAUAGCAAAACGAGAAUGAAUCUAAUGUGUCAGGAAGCCAGUUAGUGAAGAUAAAUUACAGUUUCACUAAAUAGCCAUUAAACACAAGUAGUGUAUUAAUACUGAAGCAGAAGAGAUCUGUAACAUACCAUUGGUAGAAAAGAACAGAUGUUCUAUGCUGUAUAUAUAUUUUUUAAAAAACAAUAGAGACCAUGUGUUUAUAUAUGUAUAAAAUUCUGAAAAGGUAAUAAGAAUGAAGAACUUUUGUGGUAGCAUUUGUAUUUAUACAAUGAUAGUUGGAGAAAGACUGUCAUUGGAUUACCAAGCCAAGUGGUUCCAGUUGCAGCUGGUGUAACAGAUGUGGUUUCAUUAAAUUAGCACAUCUCUUGGUGCCUGUUAUAACCUGGCAAAUGGCUUUUUCUCCAUACCAGCUCAUAAAGGCCCAGCAAUGUGCCUUCACUUCAUACCUCCAGUAUUAUCUGCUCUCCAGACCUAGGUCAAAAUAUAGUUGGAGGGAUCUUGAUCACUUUCUCAACUUAAUGUUGAGAAAGCCUAUAACAAGGUAGGAAACCUGAUUAAAUACAAGGGCCUUCUACCUCAGUAAAAUUAGUGGAGCACAUUAAGACAUCCUUUCCAAGGUAAAAAUAAACACCUAAAAAGGUUUUAAAAGUAUUAACUGCUCCUACAACAAAGAAGGCACCUAAUAGACUCUUUGGGCUUUUAAGAG